AUGAUUAUCAAGAAUUUCCCAGAGUUAAAUUUAGUUUCGCUAGCUCAUAAUCAACCAAUUAAUGUUGAUCCUCUUGAUCCUGAUGAGAAAGACAAUAUAGAUGCUUUAGGUUUACCAGAUCGGGUAGAAUUAGUCGAGCUUAAUGAUGAUGCUCAAGCUUGA